AUGUAUAUCAAUGUCAUUCUUUCGCCCUCACUCGGGAAGACAACUGUCAUGAAAAACGAAGGGGGGAAGCCGGUUCAAUUUUUAGCUCUGCUAGAAACCUCACAGGAUAAUAGAUAUACGGAUGAAGGGUGGGCUUUGCAGCUUUGGUACAGUGCCGGUGCAGAAUGGCAGGAAGCAGAAUUUGCUCCUUGUAAUGACCUCUCACUGAUCUCAGGAUUCGACGACCUGUCUGAUCUUAAACGGAGAGCCUACAGAUUAGAUAUUUAUCACGAAUCAAUCCAACCACUGCAGUUUACACUUAGAUUUAAGCCGGAGGAGAAUAGCCCAUGGAUAUGGAGCAAAGAGCAAUCGGGAAUAACCGAUGGCCGUCUCAUUUUCCAAAAGAAUUAUGCCAUUCCCAGCGAUCAGUUUCAAUUUGAUAGUUUGUUUGAAGGGACCAAUUCCAAUCUCGCAAUUAAGAAAGCGUCCAGUGACGUUUCCGGCACCGAUCUCUAUGUAGUCUCGGGAUCUGCUCUCCCUGGAAUAAGCAAUGUGGUUCUAGGAGCACCCUUAUUGUUGGAAAACUUUUAUGCAUUGGUGAAAUUGAGCCCUUCGUGGAUGGGGCCACGUCAAGGCGCCUCUCACUUCACAGUGGAUCGCGAUGCUGUUAUGGCAGGCUAUGUGCGCUCCGAUGGCCGACAUGUCGUUAUUCUUGGAAUAUCAGGUGUUGAUAAUUGCACAACCUUCGUUCAAUCAUCUGACGGGAAGCUCAUCUUAAAGACGAGAAAUGACGGGCUGAUGGAUGAACACCACCGAGCUAUUGUGGCAACUGGUCUUGAGUAUCAAAGGACGGCCGACGCUGCGUUUUACCAAGCCAGAGAAAUGAUCAGAGCACUGGAUAUUAUUCAGGAUAAUCAAGACGUGACAAGGGAAGACGAUGAUGAACCCGCCCUCUUGCCCGCGUGGUAUCAGACUUGGUUUGAUGGGCUUGCAUAUUGCACUUGGAAUGGCAUAGGCAGUGAACUUUCUGAAGAAAAGAUAAUUGCCGCUUUGCAAGACCUGUCCGACAAUGGUAUAAAUGUUUCUACCCUCAUUAUUGAUGAUAAUUGGCAAUCCUUGGAUGAUAACCGCCGCUGGGUUCAAUUUGAGGCAAAUAAAAACUUUCCCAACGGAUUGGCGCACACAACCUCAGAGAUCAGAAAGCGUUUCAAAAAUAUCAAGCAUAUAGCAGUGUGGCAUGCUCUGUUGGGAUACUGGGAGGGAAUUUCUCCAGGGGGGGCUAUCGACACCAACUAUAAGUGUACUAUGGUGAAGUGGCAUGGAGGCCACGAUGUCCGUGUUGUUGACGAGCCUGAUGUGAGCCGGAUGUACAGCGACUUUUACGAGUUCCUUGUAGGUGCUGGAGUAGAUUCUGUCAAAUGCGAUAACCAAGCUGCCAUUGAUGAGUUCGAUGAUGGCACCGUUCGUCAACGUUUAAGUCGUGCAUACCAGGAUGCUUUUAAACUGCACAGCUUGAAAUGGUUUUCGAGAAAAGUGAUCUAUUGCAUGGAGCAUUCUCCUUAUAUAUUAUUCCGUGCAUUAUUGCCACAUAACGGCCCUCGCGUUCUUUUUAGAAAUUCUGAUGACUUCUUCCCUGAAAUUCCAAGUUCGCAUGCUUGGCAUAUCUUUGCCAACGCCUUAAAUAACAUAUUCACUUCCCAUCUCAAUGGUCUACCAGAUUGGGAUAUGUUUCAAUCAGCUCUACCUGAAUAUGCUGGGUUUCAUGCAGCUGCUCGAUGUAUAUCGGGUGGCCCUAUCUACAUCACAGACACUCCAGGGCAGCAUGAUAUCGCUCUCAUCAAACAGAUGAGUGCUGUCACUCCUCAAGGACAUACGGUUAUUCUACGUCCUAGUCGUGUAGCCCUCCCUAUCGAUCCAUUUAUCGCCUACAACAGUAAUCAACUACUAAAAGUCGGGAAUAGUUGCGGUACUAUUGGAGGAAGUUCUUUCAUGGCUGUUUUCAAUAUUUCUGAAAUGGAAAAUUCGGAGCUGAUCUCUAUCGAUGAUUUUCCUGGAAUGUUAUUAGAGGCGAAAUACGUCAUCCGGUCUCAUAGGACUGGGAAAAUAGGCGGCAUUUAUACCAAAGGACAAGGAAACCUCAUUCGCACAACGCUUCUCCCUCGAGGUUGGGAAUUUUACACUGCUACUCCUGUAUUUGAACUUGUGCACGCCGGUGCAGAGAAAUCGUUCUACUUUGGUAUAUUUGGAGUGAUAUCUGCCAUGUCUGGUGCAGCGGCCAUCGCUAAACGGUCCACAAAGACCGAGACUAAGCGUUUUAUGAUUUCAGUCACCCUGAAAGCACUAGGAACUCUAGGCUUUUAUAUCUCCGACCUUGCCUCACGAGAUAUCUCGAAUCUUCUCAUAACGAUUUCAGGACAAGUUAUUCCAUUUAGUACUGUUAAGAAAAGCGCACAGAGUGAUACUGUGCUUGAAGUAGAUAUCGAGACUGCAUGGAAUGAACUAGGGUUAACAUCUGGCUGGUCAAAUGAGGUUACUGUAAUUUUUUACAUCGAGUAA